AAAAGUAUUUCAUAGUCUUUCAAGGGGUCAUUUUGGUUGGACGCAAAUACAAAUUCAUAAUUCGAACAUAGCAGAAGUAUCACUAAAAAUAGGUUUAGUGCAUCAGACUUUUUGAAGAGAUUGAAAGGAAAGAGGCUGAUGCUGGUAGGAGACUCAGUGAACCGAAACUAGUUUGAAUCUCUCCUGUUACAUAAUAUAUAACCCAAACCACCCUUGGGGCGAAAAAUUAGAACAGUCGUAUAUCUGAACCUGGAUUCCCAUUUAACUACAAUUUUUCGGAGUUUCAAAUGAGAUGACAAAUAUUUGGACAACUUCUUUGAGUUCCACAAGAGAUUUAUAGAUAUCUGGUAAGAAGAUGCCGCAAGGUACAUCUUUUGUAAUGAAUGAGAGACAAAGGUUGGCUGAACUACUGAGAAAUUGUUCUAAGAUUUUGUCUUUAGAUGUGGGAAAGCAAGUUCAUGGAGCUGUAUUAAGGAUGGGUUAUGCAUUUGAUUUGAUGAUAAGCAAUGAUCUCAUUGAUAUGUACGGGAAAUGCAGUAGAGUGGAACUGGCUCGCUCAGUGUUUCACAAAAUGCCUGAAAGAAAUGUGGUUUCCUGGACGGCUUUAAUGUGUGGAUAUUUACAACACGCUAAUGCUCAAGAAUCCUUGUUGCUUCUCUCUCGGAUGCUCUUCUCAAAUGUAAGACCCAAUGAAUACACUUUUUCCACCAACUUAAAGGCAUGUGGUAUUCUUGGUGUUCUGGAAAAUGGACAACAGAUUCAUGGUUUGUGUGCUAAAAGUGGGUUUGAAAAGUAUCCAGUUGCAGGUAAUUCAAUUAUCGAUAUGUACUCAAGAUGUGGGAAACUUGGUGAGGCUGAAAACAAGUUCCAUGAAAUGCCAGAAAAGAGUCUCAUAACUUGGAAUGUAAUGAUAGCAGGAUAUGCAAUGGGAGGAUUUGGUGAUAAAUCUUUGUAUCUGUUCAAACAAAUGCAACAACAAGGAGAAAUGCCAGACGAGUUUACGUUUGCAAGCACAUUGAAGGCUUGCAGUGGUUUUAAGGCGGUGCGUGAAGGAAGCCAAAUUCAUGGUUUUCUUAUUACUAGGGGAUUCCUUAUUUCCAGCCAAAAAGUUAUUGCAGGCGCCCUAAUUGAUUUGUAUGUCAAAUCAGGAAACUUGUUUGAAGCUCAUAAGGUGUUUAGUCAAGUUGAACAGAAAAGUGUGAUAUCAUGGACGACACUGACCGUAGGGUAUGCUCAAGAAGGCAAACUAACAGAGGCAAUGAACUUGUUCAAGCAGCUCAGGGAAAGUAGCAUCACAUUGGAUGGGUUUGUGCUGUCAAGCAUGAUGGGUAUCUUUGCUGAUUUUGCUCUAAUUGAGCUUGGGAAACAAUUGCAUUGUUGUGCAGUAAAAAUACCUUCUGGGUUAGACAUAUCUGUAUUGAAUUCAAUCAUGGAUAUGUAUCUAAAAUGUGGGUUAAUAGAGGAAGCCAAAACACUUUUUGAUGUUAUGCCAGAAAAAAAUGUGAUUUCAUGGACCGUUAUGAUCACCGGGUAUGGGAAGUAUGGUCUUGGUGGAGAAGCAGUUGAACUAUUCAAGAAAAUGCAUAUGGAUAGGAUUGAGCCUGAUGAGGUUUCCUACUUAGCUCUGCUCACAGCUUGUAGUCAUUCGGGGUUAGUUCAAGAAAGUGAAGAAUACUUUUCAAAACUAUGCAAUUCAAAUUGUUUAAAACCCUCAGUAGAGCAUUAUGCUUGCAUGGUUGAUAUCCUAGGUCGAGCUGGACGCCUAAGAGAAGCUAAGGUUGUGAUAGAGAACAUGCCAGUAAAACCAAAUGUUGGUAUUUGGCAGACACUGCUUGGUGCGUGUAGAGUACACAAGAAUGUAGAAAUAGGAAGAGAAGUUGGGGAGAUUCUCUUAAAAUUAGAUGGCAAUAAUCCGGUGAAUUAUGUUAUGAUGUCAAACAUUUUAGCUGAUGCCCGCCUAUGGGAAGAAUGUGAGGGAUUAAGAGGACUGGUGAAAACGAAAGGUUUAAGAAAAGAAGCAGGACAAAGUUGGGUGGAGAUCGACAAGAAGAUGCACUUUUUCCACAACAGAGAUGAGACACACCCACUUACUAAAGCUAUCCAUGAAUUUUUGUAUAAGAUGGAGAAGAAAAUGAAAUAUGAACUUGGUUACACACGGGAAGUAAGCUUUUCAUUACACGAUGUUGAAGAUGAAACAAGGGAUGAGAGCCUGAGAUUUCACAGCGAGAAAUUGGCAAUUGGUUUGGCACUUCUUUCUGGUGCCGAUGAAAUUGAGGGGAAGCCAAUUCGUGUUUUCAAGAAUUUGAGAGUUUGUGGAGAUUGUCAUGAGUACAUCAAGGGUUUGUCAAAGAUUUUGCAGAAAAUAUUUCUUGUUAGAGAUGCCAAUAGGUUCCAUAAAUUUGAGAACGGAACAUGUUCCUGCAGAGACUAUUGGUGAUGGCAUAUUUUAAGUGACACAACUAAGGAGAGAGAAUUUGUGAAGGGCUUUCCGAAGCCUAUCUAAGCAGGAAAUGCUGCCAGAGCUCGAAGAGAAGCAGAGAUUGAGAUUCAGGUGGAAGUUGUAGUAAAGAGAGUAAACCUGUUUUGAGAGGAGCUAUCCUUUGAAAAUGAAGAUUGUGGAGGAGGUGAUUAAGGAAAGGCAGCUGCCAGUAGUCCUUUUAAACGUAACACAGUCAAUAAAUUUCCGCAAGGAUGACCACCCAUCAGUGUAUGAGAAGAUCGGUAGAAGGGUGAAGCAAGAUUGUGGCCAUUGGUGUCUACCCGGAGUCCCCGAUGAAUAGAAUGAGCUAAUCUGUGCCACCUUUUGUUUUU